AUGCCGCCGGCCCGAUACAUCGUACCGAUCCCCGAAUCAAUCGGUAUGCUGGAAAGUCGCCGAGAGCUCAAUGAAAUGGCUGAACAAUACCCAAUGAGUACCGUUGGCGUUAGGAAUGGCGGCUGGUAUAUGUAUGAUCAUGAUGGCACCGUGCUGGCUGUUGCCUCGAAUUCCGUGUGUGCGGAACUGGAUGCUUCGCUCGAGGAAGCAAUGUGGCUCUAUGGCCUUCUUCCAGAUCUUGAUAGUGAAGUCAGCGAGCCUGCUCUCACCCACGUUGUUUUGCGUCGUCCGCAUGUCUGUCGCACAGUGGUUGUUACGUGUGCGAAUGGGAACUAA